ACGACCGUCGGCCUGUUCAAUAGAUCCACGUUUACCACUCGCCGUUUGGAAGGCCAGAGUUUUUCACUGGCGACCUGGAGGUGGCGUGCAGACCACAGUUGCAGAUACGAAAUUUAUCAGCGCACUGAGGAUGUCUCUGGGGGCUGCCACCGCCGAGGACGUUGCGUUUGUGCGCAAACAACUGGGGACGACAGAGCAGAGCAUACAGCAGGCUGUCUCGUCUCUACGGCACUGGCUCAACCUGCAACCACACUUGCCGAAGAAUAUAGAUGAUCGGCGUCUGGAGAGAAUGUUCAUCAACUGCAAAUGCAGCAUGGAACGCGUGAAAACGUCGUUGGACGCCUACUUUUCCUUAAAGAAGAAAUUUCCAGAGCUUCUGAUGAACCGAGAUCCCGAGGACGCUGACAUAAAAAAAGCCAAAGAUUUCAUCAAGACGUUCUCGACGUCGCCGCUCACUGCCGACGGCCUGCGCGUGACGUGCACGUUGGACGUGGCGGCGGACCCCCAGUGCUUCGACCCGCUGCUCUGCUACAAGCUCAUCCUCAUGUGGACCGAGGUCCUGCUCGCCGAGGACUACUCGCUCGGCGACAUCAUCAUACUCGAUCUCAAGGACUUCACCGCCUCACACGUGCUCAAGACCAGCGUGAGCCUCGUUCGCAGCGUCGAAAUUAUAUUCAAGGAAGCCUACUGCCGGAGAAUAAAAGCUGUACAUCUUGUGAACUCACCAAAGGUGUUAGACGCAAUUCUCAACAUAGCUAAGGCCGCUCUCUCGGAUAAGUUGAAACAGAGGGUGGUUACUCAUCUACCAGGCACGGAAACACUUUUCGACUAUGUUCCACGGGAGCUUGUACCAGAUGAACUCGGAGGAUCCGCUGGACCUGCUGAAAAACUUUAUGAUGCCGCCUGGAAGAAAGUGUCGUCAUACCGAGCGUUCUUCCUGGAGCAGGACAAUUACGUCACCGACGAGAGCCGCCGGCCACCGGGCAGCAGGAACAUGAGCGACCUCUACGGCGUCGAGGGAUCCUUCCGGAAGCUCGCCAUCGACUAACCUAACGGGUCCGUCCACCGCCUCGAGGCCAGGCGGCGCUGCGUCAGCCGCUGAGCGCCGGACUACAACGGGGUCACGGCCGCCGGCAGUGCCUAUGCACCUACCAGCCAGCCGUACACAAUUAUUCUGCCAAGUGUUGCAUCCCGUAUAUUUUGUGAACUGUUCAAGAUAUCGAAACGAUGUUUCGUCAAGUAGCAGGCGAGAGAGGCAUGUUGUUUUAUCGAUCGAGGUACUGAGACAAGAACGACGGCUUUUUAGACGGCAAUCGAGAGCUUUUGAAAAGACAACUAUGGUAAUGCAGUGCAUGUAAGCCUUCUAUAAACAUUUAUCCAUAAAUGAAAAUACUGAUUUU